AUGUCUACACCUUUGGAACGAAGCUCUGAGAAGAUAUUAUCUUCUUCCUACCCUUCAGUUCAGUCCAUUGAAGAAAAAACCAGAAAAACAACCAAUAAUACUUAUCUCAAUCUCAAAGAAACUGAGCUGAGGCUUGGUUUACCAGGUUCUCACGCUCCUCACAGAAAAAUCUGCCUUUUUGGCAAAGAUUUACAGAGCAAUGAUGAUAAAAGUAAUGGUUUUGCUGUUAGCCCUUUCAAGAACCUGGCGUCUGGAGCCAAAAGGGGUUUCUCAGUCGCCAUUGAAGAGGUGCCUGGUGUUCCUUCAGGUGCAAGGGUACUGGUGGUAGGAUGGCCGCCGGUUCGAUCAUUCCGGAAGAAUACAAUGGCCAGCGAUGAGGCCACCGCGGAUGGAGGCGAUUGCCAGUAUGUAAAGGUGAGCAUGGAUGGAGCACCAUACCUGAGAAAGGUGGACCGGAAGACGUGCAGAAGCUACGUGGAACUCUCAUCGGCUUUGGAGAAGAUGUUCAGCUGUUUCACCAUGUCUGAAUACGUGGUCACUUAUGAAGACAACGACGGUGAUCGGGUGCUUGUCGGCGAUGUUCCGUGGCAGAUGUUCACCGAUUCAUGUAGGAGAAUAAGGAUUACGAAAGGUACUAGCUCCAAGGGCCAUGCAGAAAUGCAAGAAUCGUAGUUAAUGCACAAGGAUAAACUACAAAGUGUUCAGAGCCCCUAAAUUACACAGAUUUAUGUUGGGAGUUAUCUUUAGUUUUUUGUAUUUAUUGUUAUGCCAGUUUAAC